AUAGGUCAGGUCUCAGUGAAAGGGGGUCUCUUUUUCGCACAUGCGGAACUCCACAAGAAUUCUGGACCGAGAGUGGGCGGAGGAAGCGGAACGCAAAGUAUCGCGUGUCUGGCCAAACGUUUUCUUGUUGAGUUUGCAAAGCCCGUCCCGUCGGCUCCCCGUGCCGCCGUCCUUCGCGCGCCGGCAUCUGGCCAACAGCUGAAAGGCAUUAGCUUCGCUUCCUCUGCGCUCCUCCGCCCGCGUUUCCAGGCACGUGGGAUAUCUGAAUCCAUCCGGAAAGGAACCGCGGCGCGCACUUUCCACAAUGAAUCGUGCCUUCAACAGGAAAAAAGAAAAAUCAUGGAUGCACACGCCCGAGGCGCUGGCCAAGCAUUACAUAGCCUACAACGCCAAGUUUCUUGGUAACACUGAAGUGGAGGCCCCAAAAGGAACGGAGGUUGUCAAGGAUGCCGUGAGAAAGCUCAAGUUUCAGAGGCACAUCAAGAAGUCGGAGGGACAGAAAACCCCAAAGGUCGAGUUGCAGAUUUCCAUUUACGGUGUGAAAAUUCUCGACCCCAAGACAAAAGACGUGCAGCACAACUGUCAGUUACACAGAAUAUCCUUCUGUGCGGAUGACAAAACAGAUAAACGGAUCUUCACCUUCAUUUGCAAGGACUCCGAGUCCAACAAACACCUGUGCUACGUGUUUGACAGUGAAAAGUGUGCCGAGGAGAUCACGCUCACCAUCGGCCAGGCCUUCGACUUGGCCUACAAGAAGUUCCUGGAGUCGGGAGGCAAAGACGUGGAGACCAGGAAGCAGAUUGGAAGUCUGCAGAAGAGAAUUCAAGAGCUGGAAACAGAAAAUUCUGAGUUGAAGCAGCAGCUCCAAGAUCUGGAACAGCAAUUGAUGAUGGCACACGUGCCCGCACCAUUCUAUCUCAACGAAGCUAACGACGCGUACGUGCUGCAGAGGCCUUCUUCUCUCUUCUGGUGUCACGACCUCAACUCUUGUCUGGAGAUCUCCUCUGUCACCCUCACGCCUAUGAGCUCGCCAGAGUCCAACCUGUCUGCCGGCCUACUAACCCCGCCGCCCGCCAAAUGCACUUUCCUUCCUCCUAAAGCGCCCGAGGGAUGCGGCGUCCCGCGACCUCGCACGGGGAGCGUCUCGGUGCAAGCGCAGUCGACAGACGUUUUCGAUAUGGUCCCCUUCUCCCCGGGGACCGUGCUGGUGCCCACGCAAGCCAGCAACGGCUGCCCCGUGCCUCCAACCGCACUGCCGCCAAACAUAGUCGCUGUGAUGUCUGAAGGGAAAGACCUGUUUGGGGCGGAGCCAUUUGAUCCCUUCACCUGUGGGUCAGCUGACUUCCCUCCAGAUAUUCAGUCGAAGCUGGAUGAAAUGCAGGAGGGCUUCAAAAUGGGACUGACCCUAGAGGGCGCUGUCUUCUCUCCGGACCCCCUCGAUGGCCGCUGCUGAUUGCCCCAGAAGAGGGCGGAGGGUUUGUGGUCAUCUUCUUCCUUGAGCCCGUUUAUACGAUUUUUGUACAAGUGCCAAAAUCCACUCCCAUGUUCGAGUGGGACUAUCACCCUUUUUUUGUUUUGCUCCCCCCAUCUAGAAAUUUCUACAUGCAUUUACAUUUACAUUGUUUUGUUGUGUUCGAAAUUUUCUGGUCCGCAGCAUUGUGGGAAGAGACAUAUUUUUCUAAAAACUGGAAAUGAUAGUUUGGACUACAUUUGCUUUUGUACAGUGCAUGACAGUUGUGCAGGGCUCAUUAUGUCACAUGGUACACUCACUUUUGAAGUUAGACGUCAGGUGGAGACACUUGUCACGUGACACAUGUGACCUUUCAUCAAAGUACACAUAUUGCAAAAACGUAGUAUAUCUUUUGAUUUUCUUCUUCCCAAUUUCACACAAAUUUGCUCUUGGCUUUAUUGCUGUCUAACUGUCUUGCUUGCACCUCGAGGCACUUUUUGGACCGGGGGCACUUACUGUAUGUAAUGUCACUACGCAGUGAAAUGUCCAUUAUUUUUACUUUUGGGCUCUUUGUUCAGUUGUGUCGCACUUAUUAAAAAUAAAAUGUUCCUGUAAAAAAAAAAA